AUGAGCCUCUUCGAGCCCGGCCCAUGGGACAAGCGCCAGGGCUCGGACUCGGCGCACGUCUUCUCCAAGAAGCGGAAGCUCCUUUACGGCAACGAUCACGACCGCGCCGACCUCGUCGAGGGCGGCGGCGAAGGCUACGGCCAGCGGGAGCAGCACCGUCUGCACACAGUGUGGCGGCGCGGUGCGCUCCGCUUCCUGUCGGAGAAGCUUCGGACCGGAGGCCAGGUCUUCAAGGAGCCGCCGGGCCGCUCGACAGUGACUGGCUGGCCGGGCGACCUCGGGAAGCACCACCUCGUUCCGGAGGAGCUCCUCGACCUCGGCGUGAUCUCUGUCCACGCGGCGGCAACGUUUGCGGGCGCACGGCCUGGCUACGUCUUCAAGGCGGGCGAGCAAGGGGUCGGCUACUACGCUGACGGCCCCGACCCAGCGGCGCACGACGAGGCCGCGCCACCGCCGCUGCCAGAGGGGUGGGUGGAGGGCACAUCUCCCGAGGGGUACGCGUACUACUUCCACUCGCCGACGCAAACCUCGAGCUGGGAGAGGCCGACUGCCGCGACCGCCGUCUCGGCGACCGUGCCCCUCUCGCCCGCCCUCACGGCGUCCCUCACGGCGAAGCGCCGCGCCGGCGUCUCCCAGCUGCAGGCCGACUCGGGCGCGCAGGUGCUGCUGCAGGGCGGCGUCGCGACCCUCUCCGGCACCGCGCGCGCCGUGGCUCGAGCGCAGGAGCUGCUGCAGCGCAAGGCCGCGGCGCUCGAGUUCGCAGCUGUGUAUUGGCGGCGAGGAGGUCACGCCAUGCUCCCCGCGAUGGUGGAGCAGGAGAGACGCGAGAAGUUGCGACGCGUCUCGACCGAGAAGCUUAUCCACCGCGUCUCUGACCGGGUUGACGCCAGCCAUCACGGUCCAGUGCUGAUGCCCGACGAAGGGCCGUCAAAGACGUCGACGCUGCUGGCCGCGGGAGCCAUCUCUGGCGGCGUGUCGAAGCUGCUCACCGCUCCAAUCGACCGCAUUAAGAUUAUCUACCAAGUCAACACGGACCCGCGCCAUGCCUUUACUCUGCGGCGCGGCUUCUCGACGGCGAGCAGCAUUGUGCUCCAGUCCGGAGUGCUGGCGCUCUGGCGAGGGAACUCCGCUGCGGUCGCGCGGGACGUGCCCUACGCCUCCAUAGUGUUUGCUUCGUACGCCAUGUACGAGGACGCCGUUCUCAAGGCGUCGGGCGUCACGUCUGGCGCCGCGAGCGGAGGGUCGGUCUGGUCGCGGCUGGUGGCGGGCUCGGCGGCGGGGGCCACCGCCACCUUCCUCACCUACCCGCUCGACGUGAUGCGCGCCCGCCUUGCCGCCGACUCUCGCUCGCACCACCACGGGUACAUGAGCGGCGUACGCCACCUCUGGAGGAGCGAGGGCCCGCGCGGGCUGUACGCCGGCCUCCGCCCAACCAUCCUCGGGAUCGUGCCGUACUCGGGGCUCUCUUUCUCCGCCUUUGAGACGCUCAAGGCCCACCUGAGGGACUCCUCCCGCACCAGAGCAGGCGGCACUGCAGACGACCCACUGCCGCCGCUGACGGGGACGCAGCGGCUGCUCGCGGGCGGCGCCGCCGGCGCGAUCGCCCAGACCGUCACCUAUCCGCUCACGGUGGUGCGGCGGCGGAUGCAGGUCGGGGUGGGCGGCGGCGGGUACCACGGCGUGGCGCACGCGCUGCGCUCCAUCUACGCGGCGGAGGGCGUCGCGAACGGGCUCUUCAAGGGCCUCUCGCUCGCGCUGCUCAAGGGGCCGCUGCAGUCGGCGAUCGGCUUCUCCGUCAACGACUAUGCAAAGAAGCGGCUGGCGAGGUAGCCAGUGUUUCUUUCGGCACCCGUUGCCGUGCGGGCUGCGCUCGCUUGCGGUGUAUGUAUCAACCCACACCUCCUCGUCCAAAC